CCACAUUGCAUUAAAUUUUCAUUGACCUGCUUGCAGAAGUUGUUUUUGUUGAGCAGGCAGAGAACAAGCGACCAAAAUUCAACCAGUUCCGAAGUUAGCAAAAUCUCAAUUGGAACAUUGUUGAUCAGAUGUGAAUAUAUACUAGAUAAAUUUUUGAAGGAUGAGAAUGAACUAGGGGAUUGUCCACUGCCUGCAGCAAGAUUAGAAGAAGUUCUUUUUGUUCUCCAGGAGCUGGCUUGUCUUGUUCUUCAAUCAGAUAGUGCAUCAUUUCUUCCUUUACACCCAAAAUUAAAGAGUGGCCUUGUACAGGAGAAUCGUGCAAACCAUUUGCAUUUGAUCGUUCUUUUCCCUUCCUUUAGUGAACUAGUCAUAUCAAGGGAAGCCAAGGUGAGAGAGCUGGUUCACGUAUUGUUGCGACUUGUCACUUCAGAAAUGGGUUUGAGAAAGCUUUGUUCAACAAGUUGAUUGUUCUUUGUAUCAUCAUUCUAAUUAUCAUAUAUUUUUGUUCCACUUUUAUUUUUAAAUUUCAAUGCUCUUAUGUGCAUUAGUAUGAGAAGAUCAUUAAAGAAAAAUAUCACAAGAUAUCUUUUUUCUUUGCUACUAUAUCACAUGAAUUGUUUAAAUUAGUGCUAUAAAUAAAACACUAACAAAAACAUAUGUAUGAUGUAACGUACAGAGUAAUAUGUGGGAAUUCUGGCUGCCUUGGCAGAUUGCAUUCUUUUGUCGUGUUCUGCUAAUAGAGGAUCUAUUUCUUGCAAUGCGUUAUUUUGUUUUGGCUAUUCUCCUAAUAUUUACUCCGUACAUGUUUUGUUUGCUAAGUUUCAUAUUGUUGGUGUGCAUUAACGUUUUCAAUGAGGAAAGAUGCCAAGGUGCAAGAACCCUACCUCGCGUCAAGAAUUGGCUGAAGAAGAGGACCGUCCGUGGCGUCGUGACGGCAGCAAGUACAUUCACAUUCAAACUGGUCUCGCCUUCAACACUAGAGCAUCGGUCGAGAGAUUCCACAACAUCUUUCUCACGAAGGAGAUUAUUCCACCGAAGAUUGUGGACAAGGAACUCUUCAAGACGGCAACCUAUGCCCCGAGCAAGUCCCUUUUCUCACAGCAAGAUUUAGGAAGGGAAUUGAUAAGGCGAAAGAUUAAACUUGCCUAUGGAGGAGGUAGUGUUGGCCUUCAAGGAGCAGUUGCUUCAACAGUCUUUACCAAUGGUGGUCUCGUUAGAGGUUUCACUCCUGGGUACAUAGCAACACGACGUGUCUAUGAACCUACAUACGGUGUAGAGCAUACAGUUCCCAGUAAUUACUACAAAUAUUUUGAAAUGAAUCAUGCCGUGGAAGCUUUCAUUGUUCUUCCCGGAGGAGUUGACACUAUGGAAGGUUUGUUUACCUUGAUCUCGUGGGCUUCUGAAGGGUUACACAAUAGACCCAUUGGUCUCUUGAACAUUGGCGGUUAUUUCAACAACCUAAUCAAAUUUCUAGAUGAUGCGGUGAGGCAGAACUUCAUGUCUUUGAGUUAGAGGAAACUUUUCAUUUCUUCUUUCUUUGUCGAUGAGCUUUUAGACAAACUAGAGUUUGUUAAAGCUUUCCCGGGUCCAGGGGUUAGUUACGAUGAGUUUGUGAAUCAUGUAAGACUAGACUUAGAAUUGCAUCUGUAACUUUCCUUUUGUAAUCCAAGUUGUAUCUUAUGUUGCAAUGAUAUUAUCCAUAAAUAUUCUCCUAGGCU